GGCGUCAGGAGCCUGGUCCAUGGCUGCGCCAAGCCUGCGGGGCCGCCUGGCUCGCCUGGGCAAUUCGAAGCGGCCGGUGCUGAAACCCAACAAACCCCUGGUCCUGGCCAACCGGGUCGGGGCGGGGCGCCGCGAGCUCGGGGAGGCAACCUGUAUAACCGAGAUGUCCCUGAUGAUGUCUUGCUGGAAGCAGAAUGAAUUUAGCGACACAAUUUGUUCCAAGGAGAUCGAAGACUUUUUUGACUGUGCUUCAAAGGCUGAGGCAGAGCGGAAGCAGAAGGCAAAACAGGAAUUGCUGGGCUCCUCUGGGCAUUUGACUCCCAAGCAAACAAAUAAAUUGUUGGGGAGGUUUCCUAAUAUAUCCUACAUUAUCUGAAGGUGUUACGUAGCUUUUUAAGGACUGGCCUCAUGGAAGCAACUUGGUGGUGUUUGGACUGAGUGACCUCUGAGUGGCAGAGGACAUGGUCUCACCCCUGUGGGGUUGUGAUUUGGGUGAGAGUUCUGCUUUACCCUGAAAUAAAAUCUUUACAGAGAG